UCUCCCCACCUUGUCUUGUUGCUUUUUGAGCAUUCGACAUAAACCCUAAUUAUAAACCUAAUUUUGAUAAUUCCUUACCUUCCUAAUUUAAUUUCCUUCCAUGUCCUUCUCUGUGUAUAUAAAACCACACUCCAGUAAUAAUGCUGAAUCAUCGUCGUCUGAACCUCGUCAAGCUUGUCAAGUGCCAUCAAUCAUGCCUAAGAAGCUUCAAAGGUCCCUCCAUGGCUACAUCUCCAAGCUCAGACGAAACCCUACUCCCCAAAUCAAUUUCUCUUCUUCCAAAAAUUGGAUCUUCUCUGCCUGCAAGCACCCUAAAACCUUGUCUAUCGACGUUGAUCAUCGAAGAAAUGAAGCGCAAGCUCAAAACGAUGACGAUGCUGCCUCUCUAUCUGAUGUUGAUCGCUUUCUGUUUGAGAAUUUCAAGUCUCUUUAUCUCAGAGAAGAUGAUGAAGAAACGGAGAGAAACGCAGAAUCUGAACAAGAGAUUAUUGAAGCUACUCAACCGAAAUUAGACCCGAUUUUGUUUGACUCGCCGCGUCUCGACCUUGGCCUCCCGCCGGAUCUUCGUGGUUCCAACCGGUUCUUCGUGACGCCGGGUUUUUCUGGCUCUCUGGUCGAGGAUGCUGCAGCGAGGUUGAGCAUGGCGACAACAUGCGACGACGAGGCUGGUUCAAGCUCGAGCUCGACCACAACCCUCAAUGAUUAUCCGAAUUUAUCUAAUGAUGAUCGUGAAAGACAGGCCGUGGAGACGAUUCCUCGGGAUUUCAUCGCCGUCUUGAUGCACUCGCCGAAGCCGUACGACGAUUUCCGGCGGUCCAUGCAGGAUAUGGUGGAAGCGAGGUUGAAUAAUCACGAAAGGGUGGAUUGGGAUUUCAUGGAAGAGCUUUUGUCUUGUUACCUCAACUUGAACGAGAAGAAAUCGCAUAAGUUCAUACUCAGUGCUUUCGUGGAUGUCAUCGCCGGUAUGCGUCGGAGAUCGGAGACAGUACCAGCGACACUGCCGCGAAGCGUUCGAACGGUGAGGAUCGGUAGGGCGUCACGGAGAAGAAGAUGAAAAAGAAAGCAACGUCAGAUUU